UUGCGCGGACAUACGGCACUUCCUCUUUCAAGCCAACCUCACCAAGAUGGCACCGAAAAGGCAGACCGUUGUGAAAAAGAAUAAAAAGGGUGCUGGCUGGAAGUUCACCCUGGACUGUACUCAUCCUGUGGAGGAUGGGAUUCUCGACUCUGCCAACUUUGGUUCCCUUCCCUAGUUAAAUGCCUAGGGUUCUCUUCCCUAGUGGUCAUGCUGUUUUAUUACUAACAGGAAACAUUUCUGAAAGAGAAGGUGAAGGUUAAUGGCAAAACAGGCAACCUGGGAAAUGUAGUGCAAAUUGUGCGUCAGAAGAACAAGAUCAACGUCACAUCAGAGAAGCAGUUCUCUAAAAGGUAUCUUAAGUACCUCACAAAGAAGUACUUGAAGAAGAACAACCUGCGAGACUGGCUGAGGGUGGUGGCAUCUGAUAAGGAAAGCUAUGAGCUGCGCUACUUCCAGAUCAGCCAAGAUGAUGAAGAAUCUGAUGCUGAUGAAUGAAGCUCUGUCUUGAAAUAUGUUUGAUGGGUGUAUCAAGGUCCUGUUUAAGCGGUCACAUCUUCAAAUGCAGGAUUACAUGUUUUGAUAUCUGCUUGUAAAUAAAAAGAUACACACAGAAAUUGAGUGUCUUGUUUUUUCAGUUGUAGUAAAUGCUUUAUUGUAAAUCAAGGUGGAGUAAGUUAAAUAAGAUUUAACAAGCUGGUAGUGUUUGAUAAGGUAGAGUGAAUAUAUUGCAAUGAUGAUUAAACAAUAGUAGUAGUAACAAUCCCUUGAGUGUAUUUGAAUGAAUGAAGAGAUACGAAAACAAUAUUAGAAGUUAAAGAAUACAGAGCACCUUGAUGUUUUCAUAUUUAAUAGCAUCAGUAAAUGGUGAAACAACCAACAGUUAAAUCUUUAGGAAUAAGAUUACAGGCCAUUUUCAACUCUGAUUGAUUUAACUAUAGGUAGAAGAAAGAUUUAAAUCAAUAUACAUACAAAAACAGUCUGAUUUAUCAAAAAGCAUUUUGGUUAUAUGUUUGAGUUGUGUGCUGCAUUAAAAAAUAUUUUAAAUAUUUCUCAUUUGACCUCUUUAAAUGUUACAAAAUUAAAUAUUAAUUUUACAUAAUACAUGGACAGCAAAAGUACUCACAGUGACAAAAAUAUUAACAAAAAGCCACAGCUAUCACUUGCAGUGAUAUUGAUCUUGGUUAACCUUAGUUGGCAGUUAAACUUGUCAACUUCUAAAGCUCACAUUGAUAGCAUUAAGUUUUAUCUUGAACAUAUUCUUCACCUAAGGUCAAAGGUUAGUGAAAAUCUUAUCAAUAGACAGAGGUAGACCAAUACAAAGGUCUUGAAUUAAAUGUAUUUGCAUUGAUAUGAGCGACUUUACUAUAAAGACCUCCAAUGUGAAAGGCAGCCUGAUUUUGAGCCUUCAGCCAGGAUGUUAUCCACCGCUGUGCACAGAGAAGAGGCUGAAGUGGUGCCAUGGACCAGCACAGGGAGGAAACGUAUCAGAGAGCGAUUUCGUGCUACUUUGGCAGGGCUGCUGGAGUUGGAGGUCCUGAGAGUCAGACAUAAAGCAAUGGUGGAGACGGCCCUGGGAAAACCUGAAGCCGAUCCUGAAGAUUCAACUUCAACAAAUAAUCAGCAUCAUUACUGGGUGGAUAAAGACUCUUUCCGACUAAAGCUCAGGCGCAGUUUUUCAGAGGAGGCCAUUCAUGAGGCAAGAAAAUCCAGAGGAAUUGGGUCAUGUUCCAGUCAUUCAUCUGAGGACCUUCUUCAUCAUCAGUGCCUGACGGAAAGCAGCUGGCAUCACCAAGAACUUGACUCGCACAUGGAAAGUCGGUCAAGAGCAAGCUCUGGUUUUUGCGAUAGCAACUUUGGGGAUGUUUUUACCCCCUCUGACAGUGACGAUACUGUCAGCUCCCUCUCCGCAUCUUUGGCCUCCUUAAAAUACAGCUCUUUUGGAGAUAGAGAAUGUUUCACAGAUGAGAAACCUCUGAGACGCCGACCCAUUUUAUUGCAAGAGCAUAGAGGAGUUCAAUCCCAUUUUUCCGAUGAGGCGAUUCCCGAGGAUGGUUUCCGAUCUGUGGCGGAUCUGUAUCCAGACUCGCACUGGCCAGAUGUUUCAGACAUACUUCAGCCCAAAGUGGUCCUGCAACCCACUUACCGUUCUGACCUUCCAGGUCACCAGGGCAUGGAAGUGUAUCGCUAUCCCAGUCCACUGCAUGCCGUGGCCCUGCAAAGUCCACUAUAUGCACCACACAGCCCCCAAAAUAACAGGAAAAAGAAUGGAAGACAUUUUUCUGGAAGCUCUACAAGCUCCUCGCUGAGGCCAGGCUUGGCUCGUCCCUGGAAGGUUUCAGAACAUUCAUGUUGCCUGGCAAAAUCCACCUAUUUAUCACCCAGCUUACUCAGGAAACACACCAAUUCUUUGAGCAGGAGCACGCACUUUGAGAAGCACAAACGUGAGGAGAUCAUUUUGAAACGGGCCCGAGUUCAAUGCCACAGUCAUACUGCUUCGCCAAAAGAUGGAGGGAUGCCUUCACGGCCAAAGAGAGGCAUGCAUCGCACCAGCUCCUUACACAAAAACAAACCAUCCUUCUAUUCUUUUCAGUCCACAUAUCUGCAGAGAAACAGAGAAGAUGCGAGUUGUAAAGAGCACAGCAAACAAACUUUGAAAAGGCAUCUAAAUGUAUAAAACCUUACAAUGAGA